UUGGCAGUAAGUUGGCAUCGCGAGUCGCGGGAAAUUGUUAUCACAGAAGUACCUAUUGAUAAGAAAUAUAUUUAUUAUUUUAAAAUUGAAACCGAAUCGAAUUAUUCAAAUGUUGAAUAUCGAUCGACAUUCAAUAAUCAUUGACAAAUCACAAAUGAUAACUUGUUGAUUGUUCAUAGUUAAUUUGUUCCAGCAUUCGGGCAACUUCCGUUUUCCGUUUAUCGGUCAAAAUAACAUUGGAGCCGAUUGUGUAAACUGUAAUUCAAAUUCCAAGUUCUCACACCGACUUUCCUACAUAGUUUUCACUUGUGUCUAUAUUACUAUUGACGUGGUUCGCUGGUUUAGUGUAUUUUAGUAUUUACCAGGCUGACAGUGUACAUAUCAAAAUGGCAACUCCAAACAACAAUAAUGCGUCUGAUGAAGACAAAAUUGAUCCGAUGAAAGAUGUACGUGCCGGAAUAGUACGUGAAGUGGGUAGUCAAGCAAUAUGGAGUCUAUCUUCAUGCAAACCAGGUUUUGGUGUGGACCAGUUAAGAGAUGAUUGUAUGGAAACUUACUGGCAGUCAGAUGGUCAACUUCCACAUUUAGUUAAUAUUCAAUUUAGACGUAAGACAGUUGUGCGUGAUAUAUGCAUAUACAUUGACUAUAGACUGGAUGAAAGCUAUACACCUGGUCGUAUAUCAGUACGCGCUGGCACUAAUUUUAAUGACUUACAAGAAGUUGAGGUAGUUGAACUGAACGAACCAUAUGGUUGGGUAAGGAUAAUGACUAAAGAUAUCAAUGAUUUGCCGUUGAAAACAUAUAUGCUACAAAUUGCUGUUAUUACUAAUCAUCAAAAUGGAAGAGAUACACAUAUGAGGCAAAUUAAAGUUCACUCACCGGUUGAAAAAAGGGAUCUUCUCAUUGGUAACUUUAGCACAGUAGAAAUGAGACAAUACACAAUCAUAAAGUAAAUUUUUUUUGUUUUAUUAUUUGUUUGCUAACAUUUUUUUUAUAUUGUACAGUAUAAUAUACUUUAGAAAGAUUAGAUUAAACAUUACAAUAAACAUAUUUGUGUAGCUACCUACUAAAUACUAAUUUCAUUUUUGACGUGAAAUGUUAACAUUUUUUAUUAAGUUAUUAUUAUUCUUUAUAACAUAUGAAAAUCUUUUUUAUGAUAUCUAUCAUCUUGACAAAUUUUUUUAGUAUCAAAAAAACUAUUUCUUAAUAUCUUAUAUAUUUUUAUGCUGAUUUUUAUAAUUUAUUAUUUUCUUGUUUAAAUUUUUAUAAUAAUUUAUGAUGAACAUGUACUUUAAGCAAUUUAAUUCCCUUAAACUAUUGUACUCUGCCCUUAGAAAUAUAGCCAUAUGGGUAUUUUUACUAGGAUCAUUGGCAUUUGACUACUGUAGCUAGCCUGAUGAAUUUCCAUUCCUUUUUUCUGGUUAUUCCUUUAGUUGCUCAACUAAUCUAUCCUUUGCUACUAAAUUACUAAAUAAUAACCUACAUUUUGACUGAAAUGAUUGAUGAUGUUUGUGUUUUUUAUUUACCGGAUCUAAAAUGUGAUUCGGUUCUACAUUCUAUUUCAUCCCACUGUCUAUAAAUGUGAAUUAUUUAUUUUUAUGUCAUAUAUUGACACAAAUCAAAUGCUUGAUCCAGUGGUGUAACUAGGAUUUUUGUAAUGGGGGUGUUAAUUAUAUAUAUUAUACAAUUCACAUACAAACUAUAACUUUGAUUUUAACUUACAAAAAUGUUUAUACAUUAUGGUUGUUAUGAAUUAUGAUUAAUAGAUGAUGAUAAUAAAUUAUCUAUUGACCAUAAUGGACAUAUUGUAUAAAUAUUUUUGUUAGUUAAAAUCAAAGUUAUAGUUUGUAUGUAUAUUGUCAUAACCCCCAAACAACUCCUCUGGAUGUGCCACUGGCUAAAUCUUAUAAGUAAUAAUAAUUAAAUUAUUGUAUUUUUAAAAUAAUAUAUUUUUGUUUAUCAUUUAUUUGUCAUUCACUUCUUCAUCAAUUGUAAUUAUUAAUUAUUAUUUUAUAUUAUAUCUGACUCUCUGACUCCAAAGCUGUUAUUAUUACUAAGUAAAUUAUGAUAAAAAUAUAUUUUAUUUUAAUAGCUGUGACUUUAAAAAAAUAUUUUUGCCUUAUUCAUUUCAUUAUUGUUACAUAAAAAAAUGUUAAAAACUGUUCAUGUAAGUCUAAUAUAGCUAUAUAUUAAGAUUAAGAUAGUUGCCAUUGUAUAAGUGUCGGAAGUAUUAUACAAAUUAUUUUCCAUAGAGUAGAAGUGUGCUAUGCUUUCUAUGAAAUGAUGUAUAAAUGUAUAUUUAUAUGAUAAAAAUUAUGUUAAAUUAGUUUAAAAAUUCACAGACAUUAGUUUUCUUACAAAUACUUUUGUAUUUGAGUUUUUUUAUUUACCAGUAAUUUAUUAUUCAAGUAUCCGUGGUUCAUAAACUAUAUUAAUGCCAUUAAACAAAUGUACUAAUUAAUAAAAUAUAAUAUAAUAUUACAUGCGGUGAACUAUUAUGGCUGAUGUUUCAUAUAUUUUUAUGCUUACAAUUAAUUGUUACCAUUUUUUUUUUUUCUGGAAAAAAGUUUGUACUUCUUAAUGUAAUCAGAAGUCAUAAAAUACCUCAAUAUAAAUUAAUUUAAUUCUAAUUAAUAUAGUAGAUGUGUGCAUUUUAAAUUUAAAUAUUGUAGAAUAGUCUAGUUCUAGUACAACGGUUCUUAAACUGUGGUUCACAGAAGGCUGUUUAAAUUAUAAUUUUUUAUUUGUAACGGAUAUAAUAUAUUAUUCAAUGUAUCAAUAAUUACUAAAUAUAGAGUUAAAUAAUUAUGUACCUAAAUUAUUAUUUAUAUACUUUAUUAUUAUUAAAUAAGUAUUGAAAUUUUGAAUAGUUCUAGUUUUAGUCAUUAGUGGUACAUGUAGUCGUGAUGUAACCAAGAAUACAGUAUAAUGCUUGAUAAUUUAAUUAAUUUAAGAAAGGGGAGUUUAUUUUUUGAAUUUGUUUUGUUAACAAAAACUUUAAACCACUAAGAUUACUUUAAUUGUUACAGAAUACAGUGAAUUUUUUUAUAA